AUGGGUACUCAGAAGAAAGAAAAGUCUAGAAGGGUGAGACAAAAUGAUGUGAGAGAUGGUAACCUUCGUGUUAAAGGUGAAAAUUUCUACAGAGAUAGUAAGAAGGUUAAACAUUUGCAAAUGUAUAAGACAGGUAGAGCUGUUCGUAACGCUAAGGGAGAAAUAAUACAGGCUGCUGCUUUACAAAGUACUGACUUACCUACAGCACGUGUGGAUCCAAAUAGAAAAUGGUUUGGUAACACCCGUGUUAUAGCACAGGAUGCUUUGAGUCACUUUAGAGAAGCUAUGGGUGAUAAGAAAAACGAUUCAUACCAGGUUUUGUUGAGAAGAAAUAAAUUGCCUAUGUCAUUACUUGAUGAAAAAGAUCAAACUGAAUCUCCUACUCUGAAAAUUUUAGAGACCGAGUCGUACGAACAAGUUUUUGGUCCAAAGCAACAGCGUAAGAAGCCAAGAUACUUAGCAGCAUCUAAUUUAGAAGAAUUAGCACAGUUGACGGAAGCAGAUUCUAAAACCUUCGAAGAAAAGCAAGAGUUAGAUUCUACGUUAGGCUUGAUGGGUGGCUCGAUUUUGGAUAAGGAUGACUUCACUCAAGAGGCUAAAGAAGCCAUUUUCCACAAAGGUCAAUCCAAAAGAAUCUGGAACGAGUUAUAUAAGGUUAUUGACUCCUCUGAUGUGGUUAUCCAUGUGUUGGACGCUAGGGAUCCAUUAGGAACCCGAUGCGAAUCAGUUGAAAAGUAUAUCAGGGAAGAAUGUGCUCAUAAGCAUUUGGUUUAUGUUUUAAACAAGUGUGACUUGGUACCAACUUGGGUUGCAGCUGCAUGGGUGAAGCAUUUAUCUAAGUCAUACCCAACUUUGGCAUUCCAUGCUUCCAUUACCAAUUCUUUUGGUAAGGGAUCAUUAAUUCAAUUAUUGCGUCAGUUCUCGUCAUUGCAUUCAGAUCGUAAACAAAUUUCGGUUGGUUUUAUUGGAUAUCCAAAUACCGGAAAAUCAUCGAUUAUCAACACGUUACGUAGAAAGAAGGUUUGUACCGUCGCACCAAUACCCGGUGAAACAAAAGUCUGGCAAUAUAUUACUUUGAUGAAGAAGAUAUUUUUAAUCGAUUGUCCUGGUAUUGUUCCUCCCUCUCUGAAAGAUAGUGAAUCUGAUAUCUUAUUUAGAGGUGUUGUCAGAGUUGAGCAUGUUUCGAAUCCUGAGCAAUAUAUUCCAGAUAUGUUGAGUAAGUGUGAACGUAAGCACUUAGAGAGGACUUAUGAAAUUAAGGGAUGGGCUGAUUUUGAAGAAAAUCCGGAAUUGUUAGAAACUGCUAGUACUCAAUUCAUAGAAUUAAUCGCAAGAAAACAUGGUAGAUUAUUAAAGGGUGGUGAACCUGACGAGAGUGGUGUUUCCAAGCAGGUGUUAAAUGAUUUCAACAGAGGUAAGAUUCCAUGGUUUGUCCCUCCUCCAAAGGACGAAGAAGAAAAGAGCGGUGAAGAUAAAAAAGCAUCUUAUAAGAGAAAAAGAGCUGAAAGAGAGGAGAAGAAAGAAGCUAAUGCCAAGAAGCAUAAAGUUGAAGCAACCGCAGCUGAUAGUGGUGAAUGGGAAGGAAUUAAAGAUUAA